UUUUCAACGAGUUGAGUUUACAAAAAUAAAAACUAUUAAGUGAAUUUAUUAAAAAUGAUGUCUAAAACGGUUUUAUUCUUGGCAUGUUGCUUGGCAAUGGCUCUGGCUAUUCCAGUUGAGUUUGGUCCUGAUGAUCAGCAAUUCGAUCUGUACAAAUACGAAGCUCCAGAAGAAGUCAAUCUUUACGACUACGAAACUCCAGUCUUGCACAGAUCAGUACGUUCGCCAGGUGGAAAUAUUGAUUUAACAUACAGAAAGGAUCAAUUUGGACGAGAAGCUGGUUUACAAUAUAAUCACAAUAUCUACAAAUCUGAUAAUGGACGUUUUAAUCUUGAUGCCUAUGCACAGGGUAGUAGAAAUUUUGAUCACAACCGCAAUAACUUUGGAGGUGGCUUAACUGGUUCAUGGCGUUUCUAAUAAGUUGAUAACAUUUUUCUAAACUUAAUUGUUUUCUUAAAUUAUUUACAUUAUUUAUAUUCCUUUCUUUUAAUUUGUA